GUACGUACUGCCAUAGGGCCGUAAGCGAGGGCACAAUUCAAUUUCCACAAUUGCGAACCUUAGAGAACUUCCCCCCCCAAUCUUUGAACUUCGCGAAAAUCUUCAAUCGAACAAACGACAUCGAGUCCAUCUCCCACUUCAACAACACACAGCAGCAAAGAUGGUCCGAUACGCUGCCACCGAGAUCGACUCCGCGAAGUCGGCCCGCGCCCGCGGUGCCUACCUACGUGUCUCUUUCAAGAACACCCGAGAGACCGCCCAGGCUAUCAACGGCUGGAAGUUGACCCGCGCUGUCAAGUUCCUCGAGAACGUGAAGGAGAAGACUGAGGCUGUCCCCAUGCGACGAUAUGCUGGCAGCACUGGCCGAACAGCCCAAGGCAAGCAGUUCGGUGUCUCCAAGGCUCGAUGGCCCGUAAAGUCCGCCGAGUUCCUACUCGGUCUCCUCAAGAACGCCGAGUCCAACGCCGAUGCCAAGGGUCUCGACACCAGCAACUUGAUCGUCAAGCACAUCCAGGUCAACCAGGCCCCCAAGCAACGAAGACGAACCUACCGAGCUCACGGUCGUAUCAACCCCUACAUGUCUAACCCGUGCCACAUCGAGCUCAUCCUAACCGAGGGCGAGGAGGUUGUUCAGAAGUCGGAGGCUGUUGUCGGACGAGACCAGGCCCACCUUUCCUCCCGACAACGCGGUGCUAGAAUCCGCCAGGCCAUCACUGCCGCGUAAGCUUUUAGGGGACGGGGCAGAUUGAUAUGACGAUUAAUGGAGAAAGAAAGAAAGAAAGGGAGGGUUUUCGGGGUUUUAUAAGUUGCUUUUCACUCCAGGUGUCAAGGCGGUCGUAAAGCAUCCAUGGGUCUAGGUUUCUGGCAUGCAACUCCUUCGCGAAAUAUAAAAUUCACACAAUAUCUUCGUGGAUUCCCCCCAAAAAAUACUCAACCAAAAGUUUCUGAAUGAAUUCUCUAGGUCUUGUUUUUACCGUGAUAAUUAGUUAAUAUUCCUACGCAUUCAAGUAUCGAGUAUACAUAGGUGUUGCUUGAUUACUAUUUCUCGUGGAAUUAUCAACAAGCCCAUUUCAUCUCUUAUUACAAUAAUACAUAAUAGAAGUAUCUAAUG